AUGCGGCAAUCGUUGGACUGGGCACUUACUGAAGUUGUGACCACUGAGGAGUCGUGCAUUGCUUCGAAUCUCCUCACUCUCGUCUCUGCCUCCCGGUGGUCAGGCCACUCCCAAUUUCGCGAGAUGUUGGUGAAGAUAUUGGGUGCACUGUCGAUGGGAAUGGAUUGGCGAGGUCACUAUAAUGAUGUCAUUAGCAACGCUGUUGUUUGGUGGACAGUGGCCCCACCAUCUACACGGGCGCCCCACUGCAAUGCAGCAGACGAAACGGAAUUUAACAACAUGCGAUCGCAAUCCACUCUGGCCUGCUUCCUCAUCCUCCUCCUAGCCCUCACCUCAUAUCAAGUCGCUUCCCUCAUGGCGCCGGACAGCCAGACUGCAAAGCAGUUGGAGGAGGAUUUGUUCGACACAGCGGACUUGGUGGAUGGGGAGGAGGCACUCGAUGACAUGGAGACAGAAUACAUAGGCCCAGUUGACGAAGCUGACACAUCCGACAGUCAGGAUGAAGUUCUUGUGCCGGCAGGGUGGCGUCGCUUCCGACGAAUGCUUAGCCGUGCUUUGCGAAGAGUGCGUGAUAAGUUUCGGAAGCUGUUUCUAGAGCCAUGGAGAGUAUGUCUUGGAAGGUGCAAACACCGUCGUAAACCACCUGUUCCUCUCACUCUUUAA